GCAAUACACCAUCUACUCUUCCAAACUUUAGCUUUCCCCUUCUUUGAAUUGCCCUAGCUCAUUCAGAUUAAAGAACCCUAAGCCCUCCACGCACGAGGUAACGAUUGCUCCUAACCCUAACCUUGUCUUCAUUAUGCCUCACCCCAUCCCACUUUUCAUUGUGCCUCACGAAGAACCCCCUGAUCGCGAUGAAGAGCAUCAUAUCGAAGAACCCUAACCUCUCUUCAUUGUGCACUCUGCGAAGAACGUCGUCGGCGCGCGUGAUGCUUCUGUCGGCAAUCCCUCUUCUGGCACCCGUAACCCUCCUUUGAGUUUCUUCUCUCUUCUCUCGACACUCUCUCCCUCAAGCUCACUGUGGCUCACCUCUCUCACGGCUGGUCUCGCCGUCGACCUCUCUCUCUCUCUCUCUCUCUCCAGUUUCACGCUUCUCUCGCGGCUGUUUCAGACUUAAGCUCGUCGCAAGCUCUGUCGCUCUCUGUCACCAUCGCAAGCUCGUCUUCUUGCUUAGGCUGUCAACGCUUCCUUUGUCAUGAGUUGGUUCGUGGGUUGCUGUCUUCUUAUUAAGGUUGAUAAAAUUAGGAAUUGGGAGGGUCAAAUUGAGUUAGAUGGAGAAGUGAUUGAAUUGAGUUACCGCGGCUCGUAGGGGUUCUAUUCCCUGGUGGCAAUUGCUGAGAGGAAGCAUAGAGAGAAGCUCAGCCAACGGUUCAUUGCUUUAUCUGCCCUUGUUCCUGCCUGUAAAAGUUUCAAAAGAAAGCAGUUAUAGUUCAGAUGACAGUGAUGAGGAAGAAGAAAAACCUUCUAAAACUCCUCAGAAAAGUGCUAAGGAUGUCGAGAUGGUUGAUGCUGACUCAGCGAAGAAAGUUUGAGGAGUUUUUCAAAGAUUGUGGAGAAGUAGUUGAUGUUCGUUUUUCAGUUGACGAUACUGGGAGGUUUAAACGCUUUAGACAUGUUGAGUUUUCUAUUGCAGAGGCAGCACAAAGUGCUCUUGAAUUGAAUGAGCAUGAGUUGUUAAAUCAUCCUGUUAGGCUUGAUUUAGCUCGUGAAAGAGGUUCAUAUAUCCCUGGUGGCAGUUUCAGCAAUUCCUUCCAGAAAGGUGAUCAGCGUCAAACUGGUCAAACUAUAUUCAUAAGGGGUUUUGAUAAAUUUCUUGGAGAUAAGAGCUAGCCUAAAUGAGCAUUUUGGUUCCUGCAGGGAGAUCUCGAGGGUGUCAGUCCUAAAAGAUUUCGAGUCUGGAGGUCCUAAAUGCUUGAGAAUGAGGACAUGCUCUAUCUACUUUCUAUUGAUGAUGAUGAAGAGCAGUGCAUUCAAAUACCAUGUUGAUUUUUGGUUAUCGCUGCUAGUAUUUAACAGGUUAUGGUGGUUGAUGCUGAGGCAUACACCUAUGAUAAUGAGGUCAUUAAGAAAGCUGAAGCAAUGGGGAAGCCCAAAAAUCCUGAAGAAGAAGCUACUGUGGAAACUACUAGAGCCAUAAAACAUCAUCAAGAAAGCUGAAGCAAUGGGGAAGCCCAAAAAUCCUGAAGAAGAAGCUACUAUGGAAACUACUAGAGCCAUAAAAGCUUCUCAGUUGUUGCUAAAUACCAUUGAAAUCCUGAAGAAGCUGGAUGUUGUACGUCUCUUAGCACAUAGUGGAGGAUGAUGAUUAGUUUAGUGAAUUGGGUGCACAUAUGUGAGGAGGUUGAUCAAAAUUAUUGUUAGAUAGGAUGGCAAAGUUAUUGGAGUUGUAAUUCAUGUAUUAGGAAUACAUUGCGUAGUUGUUAUCACUUUGAUUUUUGAUAUUUUGUUAUACUGUUAUGUGAUUAAA